AUGGCCUCUCCAAUCAAUAUAGCAAGCUCUGGAGGGACGGUGGAAAAAAAUUCACCAACCCAGGCAGAAUCAGAUAACUCUGCUCGCAGUCGGACGGUGAUGACGAUGCUCUCUGGCUUUGCCAACGAAUGUAUGACUGAAUGGGGCUUUUAUCCUGGAAUGACACAGGAAUUGGUAACUCUCAAAAUGGAGAAUGUGGCCCUUAGAAAUGAAAAUACGGCCCUUAGAGCGGGAAAUGCAGCAUUGAGGAACACCCAGUCUUCUAUGGAAACCAGCAUGAAGAAACUUUGGCAAGAUAACGAGAUCCUUGACCGUACAUUGAAGAGUAUUGGCCCGGAGCGAGACUUCUUUAAGGACAGAGCAGAUCGCUAUCAUGCAUUAUUCGCUGCAUCCCCUGAAGCACUUCCUGCUGUCUGUCGUGAUCUUCAGCAGGAGGUCGAACGAUUAAGAAGACAGUAUGCUGCUCUCACAUCGACUACCGAAAGACUGGUCAACGACGGGUUAGCUCUCGGGGUACUUGUGAAAACCGAUAAUAGUCCCGACGAUAUGUCGCUCAAUGUCCACUACCAACGACCUCACUUGCACACAACGCAAGCCCGAGCGGCUCCCUCAAAUGUUGUUCAGAACAUGCACCAACAGCAACCUUAUACGAACGACUGUUCUCCAAUAAUAUCCAAUACCAGUCAUCAAUCCACCGGAUCAGUUCAUCUAACUUCCCAAACAGCAUCACAACCACAGACCUUUGCGCAUAGAACCUCGAAUAAUCCUUCCGAAGUCAUGUCUCUUGCCGACCAACGCCGACAUUCUGUUCCGUCUAUCUCGUCAAUCGCUCAUGAGCGUCCUGUCACCAGCGUCUCGAUGCCAGGCCAACUGUCACAGUCCCAGUAUAACGCGAACGCUCCGCAAUCGAACCGUGUUCCCGCCCAAGUUGGCAUUCAUUCUCAUUCUCAGCCUCAGCCUCGUUCCCAGCCUUCCACGACCUGCCCGCCUUCCACGACCUGCCCGUACCCUUCUCGUACGAUCACUCACCCACAACGUUCCGCAUCCUCGCCUCAUUCUUUGUCUCAAGUACAAAUGAUCUCGCAGGGUCAUUCUACACCUUUCGAAAACCAUUCGUCUCGUUCGUCAAUCCCUCAGAGCCAUUCUGUUCCUUCAAAUAUCCAACCUACCCAAUUACGAAUGAACGCGCAGAGCCAUUCUGCACCUCUGGAGAACCAAUCUUCUCGUUCAUCGGUUCCGCAGAACAAUUCCGUUCCUCCACAUAAUCGACUUUCCCAAUCGCCAGUGAUUCCGCUGGAACAUCCUGCAUCUCGUUCAUCGACUCCUCAUUCCUAUCCGGUUCCUUCAAAUAACCAAUCCGUGCGCUCGUAUGUUUCUUCAAACCGGGCAUCGCCUUCGCAAAACGCACAAAAUCCUCGAUUCUUCAAUAACGUCUGCCAGUCUAAUCCAUCUACGGUGCCGCAGUCUGUAUCUCGCAUGGGCCCGCCAAGCACCGUUGUAUCUCACACGCCCGUUCCAGUGACCUCUUCCGGUGGGGUACAUAUAUCUGCGCAGGUCCACGAUGCACAGCUUGAUGACAAGAAGCCUAUCCAAGGACCAGCUCCGCCGACUCCUCCUCAGUCGGAUAAAUCACUUAGUCCCGACCAGGAGCAGUAUCCGACGUUACCAUCUCCCCUUCUUAUUCGAACACCACUAAAACGCGCGAGUAUCGAUGAGGGUAUCCCUUCAAGCCCUUCCAAGCGUAUGCGUUUAGAUGGAAAAGAAGCGGCGACUCCCGUUCACUCCGCUGAGGCUCCUACUGUGCCACAGAGUGUUGGAUCCAUGGUCCAGGAUGUUGCCCCUUCACCCCAUUUGGAUCAACAGGUAACUGGGAACAUAAUCGUCCAAUCCCCAAAUUUGGAGUUUACUGGAACCAUUGUGAUGACUACGGAGAAGGAUGAGCUGGUCUCUACUUCACACGUCCUUGCAUCGAUUGAGCCUGAUCCAGAAAACUUGGAGAUCCCACAAAGCAAUUUGAUGUCAGAUGAUCCAUCUGACCCAGUGAUUUCAGACAUAGGAAGUCGUCAAAUGGUCAACAACGCGGAAGCAGAGGGGUCGGAAGACGAUGAAGCGGGAAGGGAUAAAGAGAAUAAAGAGGAAGGGGACGAGGAUGAGGAUGAGGAUGAGUCGAGUUUCACAGAGAAGGAAGCACUAGAAGAGGUUCUAAAAUUAGAACAUUCGGGCAACAUAUGCAAGUUGUGUCGUGCAAGACAUGACAGGUAUCCAGACAAGUAUACUGAUGCAGUAUUUAAUCGCGAUACUCCCACCUCGGUACUCGUCAGUCACUUUACCACUGUCCAUCCAGCAGUAUGGACUGAACUUCGGGGCUCUUCAGUCCCAAGUCCGACUCCUACUGCCUCCUAA